AUGACACCCCUCUACCAGCAGUUCCUGGCUUUGCAAUUUGCAAUCAAGGAGGUCAAUGAUGCUCCACAUAUUUUACCCAAUCACACCCUGGGCUUCCACAUCUAUAAUAGUUACUUUAGUUCAAUUUGGACCUAUCGUGCCUCGUUGGAACUCUUUUCUGCUCAGGGCAGAUUCACUCCUAACUACAGCUGUGACCAGCAGAACAGACCAAUAGCCAUCAUUGGAGGACCAACGUCUGCAGUUCAGGCCCAUAUGACCACCAUCUUGUCUCUCUACAAAAUACCACAGCUGAUCUAUGGCUCAACUCCAGAAAUGGAUACAAAAACACAGGCUUCUGUGUACCAAAUGAUGUUCCCAAAUGUGGAGCAUCAGUACAAGGGCAUUCUCCAGUUAUUGCUCCACUUCAGGUGGACUUGGAUUGGGAUGGUAUAUACAAAUAACAAUUAUGGUGAAAAGUUUGUACAGGAUAUGGCUCCCAUGUUUUCUCAGAAUGGCAUCUGCUUUGCUUUCAGUGAAAGAUUCCCAGCAAUCACUUAUUCUAACAACAUUUUGUCUUCUGUGGAAGCUGGGAUUGAAAUGUACAAUGUUGUUAUGGGAAGCAAUGUCAAUAUAGUGAUGGUUUUUUGUGAGAUUGCAGACAUGAUUCUUCUGAGAAUGCUUCCCGGCCUAUCACAAUAUGAAGAAAAACCACUAUGGAGAAGAGUCAAGGUGUGGGUUUUGACAACUCAGAUGGAUUUCACCUCACUUCCUUUUCAAAGAACUGAGGAGAUAGAUUUCCUCCACGGUGCUCUGUCCUUUUCUAUUCACUCAAAGGAAGUAGUGAGUUUCCAGAGGUUUCUUCUUAUGAGAAACUCAGCCUUGGAAAAAGAAGGUAGUUUUAUGAGGCUUUUCUGGGAAAAUGCAUUUGACUGUUCAUUCUCCAGGUCCAUAAUGGAUGAGGAAGAUCGGACUAUCUGCACUGGAGAAGAAGAACUAGACAGCCUCCCGACAUCUGUGUUUGAAAUGGACAUGACUGGCCACAGCUACAGCAUCUACAAUGCAGUCUCUGCAGUGGCACAUACAUUGCAUGGUUUCCAGUCCUCUCUUCCGAAACGCAGAACAGAAGAAUGUGGGAACAAACAAAGUCUUCUAAAACAACAACUCUGGAAGCUCAACUACUUUAUGAGAAGAGUCUCAUUCAACAAUAGUGCAGGAGACAAAAUUUCCUUCAACCAAUAUGGAGAGUUAGAAGUUGGAUUUGAUAUAAUAAAUUGGGUCACUUUUCCAAACCAGUCUUUCCUGAGAGUCAGAGUUGGAAGACUGGAUCUGAUGGAUUCCCAGGAAGAAACACUUACCAUUGAUAAGGAUGAUAUUGUAUGGCCACGGAGGUUUAACCAGUGGUGUAAUUUCAUCCCAUCCCCCUCUAAUGAUGUGAUUCUCCAAUAUAAGUUAAGACCCAUCACUGGGUUUCGGACAAUCUUCACAGGAGACUUGGAAUCCUCUUCCUCUCCUGCUGUUUUAAAUGUAGUAGCGAAUCAUCAGCAUGAAUUUCAGUACAUGGAAGACUGUGUUGAAUGUCCAGAAGAUAAGUACCCAAACAAGGAUCAGGAUUUGUGUCUCAGCAAAAUGAUAACAUUCUUGAUAUAUGAAGAAUUUUGGGGGAGUGUUUUGGCCAGUUCUGCUCUUUUUUGUUCUUUUGUCACAGCUGUAGUACUGGGGAUCUUUAUUAAGCAUCUGGACACUCCACUAGUUAAAGCCAACAACCGGAACCUCACCUACAUUCUGCUUGUAGCUCUCUUGUUGUCUUUUCUUUGUGCAUUCCUAUUCAUUGGCCAGCCUUCCAAGAUGACAUGUCUCCUUCGUCAAACCACCUUUGGUGUUAUUUUCUCAGUGGCCAUUUCUUGUGUUUUAGCCAAAACCAUCAUUGUGGUUCUGGCUUUCAUGGCCACCAAACCUGGCUCCAAGGUGACCAAAUGGGUGGGGAAAAGACUAGCCAUGGCAAUAGUAUUUUGCUGCUCCUUUAUUCAAGUUAUGAUUUGCACAACAUGGGUGACAACCUCUCCCCCAUUUCCAGAUGUUGACAUGAACUCAAAGAAAGAAGAAAUUAUCUUGGAAUGUAAUGAGGGCUCAGUCUUCAUGUUUUAUUGUGUCUUGGGCUAUUUGGGCUUCCUUGCCAUCAUCAGCUUCACUUUGGCUUUCCUAGCGAGGAAAUUGCCUAACACUUUCAAUGAAGCCAAGCAUAUUACCUUCAGCAUGUUGACUUUUUGCUGUGUCUGGGUGUCCUUUGUUCCAACAUAUUUGAGCACAAAAGGGAAAUAUAUGGUUGCUGUGGAGAUCUUCUCCAUUAUAGCAUCCAGUGCUGCACUGCUGAUUUGUAUCUUUUCCCCUAAAAGCUUUAUCAUUGUUUUCAGGCCUGAUCUAAACAAGAAAAUGCAGCCCACAAGGAAAAAACAAUAG